AUUCGUGAGAAAUUGGGCGAUUUAGUGAUCCGGAUGCUGAACAUAUCGGACGAAUGCAUUGAUUAUGCGACCGUCGAGAUGCUUUGCUCAUUGAUGCAGCCGUUACAUCGAAACAGCGAACUAAAGCUGGAACAACUGAACAAGCAAUCGUUGCUUGCUACGCCCCAAUUCGUGGAACAUUUGCUGGAUUUGAUUGUCAAGCAUGUGGUACUCAUUGUUUUCAUUAAUGGCCAGGAUACGAUAUUAUUACUGUACUUUUAG